GCAGGCAGCAAAGCAAAGAAAACAAACAAACCUCGUGUUCGUCCAUGCUUUAAAGUCAAGCCGGAGAAGGUUCCGAAUUAAAUAAGAUAAACCGUGCAAAAAGUGAUUAAUUCAGCCAAAUAAACCAGUUCAUUAGUAGGAUACUCGAUUCGACAUUGGUUUCAAGUGAAUUCAAGCAGGAAAAUAUUAAGAAAUGGCAGUCAAGGGAAAGAAGCAGCAACAGAAACCUUCACCGAAAUUGGUGAAACACCAAGAAGAAGAGGAAGAAAAGGACGAGGAGGAGGAUUCUGAUGCUGGCGAGGAUGAAGAGCUGGAAGAGCAAUCAGACGAAGAAGUUGCUGAGCAGGAGAAAGACGACGCUGCCGAACAGGAGGAAGAUGAUGAUGAUGAUGAUGAUGAUGAAGAAGAAGAAGCUAAGGAUGCAAAGAAAAAGGUAGAGAAGAAGGACACUGCAUCCGGAGAUGACGACAUGAAGACUACAAUUUUCGUUGGCCAUAUCAACUACCAACUGUCCAAGAAGGAGUUGGAUGAUUUCUUCUGCAAGGCAGGUGAAAUCCAGUCCAGUAGAAUAAUCUCCAAGCGGGGCUACGCGUUUAUCACGUUUGCAGAUGCCGCGUCCGUCGAAGAAGCGUUGAAGCUCGAUAAAGAAAUGCUUGCUGGUAAGGCCGUUCAUGUAGAGCGGGUAAAAUCUAAGAAGACUGACAACUUCGAGAAAAAACAGCAGAAACGAAAACGUAACAAGGAAGACAAUGAAAAGGGCGCAAAGAAGGCAAAACUGGGGGACAAAACGGUCCAAAUGAAGAAAAGUUUUAACAAAGGAGGAAAAGGUAGACCGAAGACAGCCCAGCAUACAAAUCCCAAUAAGAAGAAGAAUAAGCCAAAAUCAGGACAGUUUGUUAAGGCUCAAGAAUAGUUUUUAAUGUGAAUAAUUUAAUAAUCUAACGAUAUACUUCAGCAAAAAAGUAUAAUACAAUGAACUAUAAUUACAAUAAAUAUUUCUGUUUUGAGAUAAUUAUAUA